GAUCUCGAUUUUUAAAGAAGCAAAAACUCUAUUGCCCCUCAUUUUUUUUCUUUUCUUCCGAACACAAAAAUUUUGGGUAGUUAACUUUUCUGUGCUGCGUUUCGCUGGGAUUUUACUUUUCCUGUUGUGUUUGCCGCGCUUAGCCACGAACCUCUUUCUCCGUCUCUCUCUCUCUCUCUCUCUCUCUGGACUAUACUUCAGAAGUUGGUUUGAUCAUCAUCGGCAUCGCCAUCGUCAUCAUUCACAAAGAAAAAAACGUGCACCGCCACAGAUACACACAUCUACGUCUAAAUAUAUAUACACCUCUUCUUUUGCUUUUUGCUUUGCUGAAGCAGCUUCAGCGUAGUCAAGUAUCUUCACUAUAUUUUUGGCUCCUUUCUUUAUUUUAAGGGGCAGGGGGGGGUAGUGUGUGUGUGCUUCGAUCGUUCGCUGUUCCUCUUUCACUGCCUUCUAUCGUGCAGUUCAAGGUGUUGCUGCUGCUCUUGCUGAUCCUUCCUUUCCUUUUUCCUCCCCCCUUCUCUUCCCCUUUUACCGAUCGGUCAGAGGCAUCAUCGACGUGUCUGGCUCGCAGCUCCAUUCGGUGCUGCCAUCGCCACUCGAGGAAUAUAUUUAUAUAUACUCUUCUUCCGUUUCUAUUUCCACCGCGCAUCUCCAGCACGAUCAUCACCGCCUCUGCAACCAUGUCCCAAACACGCAAGCGCACGGAGUCGCUGUCGAAGAUUUACUCCAAAAAACCGAUUAGCGAGGGUUACAGCUUGUGGGACCGCGAGUACCUGCUGGCCGCCAUGCGCGUCUUCACCUUCAAGGCCGAGGGCGCGCCGCCGUUUGUCCUCGCCGUCUACCUCGACGCCCUCGCGGAAAUCACGCUGCAGAUGCACGACCUCGAAGAUGCCGCGGAGCAGUUCGCCAUCGCCGCCGGUAAGUACCAGCUCAUCGAUCAGAAGGUGCUCGCCGACCUUAUGCGGUUUCGCGUGACAGAGGUGUCCAGCAGUGCGGAGAUCGCGCUGGAGCAGGUGAAGGCCUACCUGGAGGCGCAGGACCCGCAGCGCAACGGUGGUGGCGACGCCGCGAGCGCGCAGACGAAGUCGGCUUUUGCGCGCGUGUACUCGUACCUGGCGGAUUUGCUGUUGCGGUCGGUGGAGGACGACACCUCGACUGGGCCGGGCGCGGCCCCCCGUGCGACCGACGCGCUCGUCCAGGCGCGGGCAGCGGCGGAGCUCGCGGUGCGGCUUGGCUGGGACCGUGAUCACUGCGGUUACGUCGUGCUGGGCGACGUCUACGUGGCCAUCGGCGACUAUGCCAAGGCGAAGGAGGCGUACAGCAAGGCACUCGAGAAGUGCCCGCACUACGCCAAGGCUAUUGAGCGGCAGGUGGGGGUGCUGCAACAGCUCGCCCGGGCCGCCGAGGAGCGCAACGACGAGGCUGGUCACGCCGCCGUGAACGGCGAGCUGCUGCAGCUGCUGAACCGCAGUCUCGAGGUGCACCCGCUGGCGAACACCUUCCGUGAGAAGGCGUUCCUGCUGAGCGAGGUGGAGGGGGACGAGGCCGCCCUCGCCUUCGUGGCGGCGUCGCUGGAGCACCCGCCGCAGGAGGAGAUCGACGUGAUCGGCAGCUCCGCCAAGGAGACGAUGACGACGCUGCUGAAGGCGAAGGCUGCGAUUCUGGCAGACGGCGACCAGCUCGACGCGGCGCUGGAGGCGGCGAACAAGGCGCUCGAGGUGAGCCCAAACGAUGACGAGGCGCAGUCGAUCGUGCGCGACAUCCGGGAGUCCAUGGCGGCGUGA